AUGACGGGGAAUUUUUGGUCUCUAUCAACUUUGUGUCUGACAUUUGUACCGUCUUGUGUCGCACUCAACACCCAGCUAGUCAUUUCAAACUCCAAGGUUGCCCCAGACGAUUUUGUAAAAGAUGCUAUCGUGGUCAAUGGUGAUUACCCUGGACCAGUCCUCACAGCAGUGAAGGGCGAGCGCUUCCAAAUCAACGUCACGAAUAUGUUGGUGGAUGGAUCAAUGAACACGAGUACAUCCAUUCACUGGCAUGGAAUCAAGCAACAUUUGUCGAACGAGAUGGACGGAACUGCUAUGGUGACCCAAUGUCCCAUAGUAUCUGGGCAUUCUUUCAUGUACGACUUCACGCCCGUAAACCAGAGCGGGACAUUUUGGUAUCAUUCACAUUUCACGCUCCAGUACUGCGAAGGUCUAAGAGGACCCAUAGUCAUUUAUGACCCGCUAGAUCCCCACUUGGACAUGUAUGACGUUGAUAACACAUCGACUAUUCUUACUAUCUUAGAUUGGUAUCAUGUGAACGCCUACGACGUCACCGGGUCCACCAAUCCCGAUGCAACACUCAUUAAUGGCCGCGGCCGUUAUGAAGGCGGACCUCCGAUACCUCUUUCUGUUCUCAGUGUUGUGCAGGGAAAACGAUAUCGUAUCCGACUAAUAAACAUGGCAUGCAAACCAAGCUUCGUAUUCUCGAUCGACGGCCACACGUUUACCGUCAUCGAGGCAGAUGGUGAAAACACAUUGCCUCUGGCCGUUGACUCAAUCCAGAUCUUGGCUGGUCAACGGUACUCUUUAAUUCUGAAUGCAAAUCAGACGGUCGACAACUACUGGAUUCGGACAAACCCCAAUUAUAAUACGACCUUUGCAGGAGGUCAAAAUUCUGCAAUUCUUAGAUAUGAAGGAGCUCUGCAACGGGACCCCAUACACAGAGAUUGGACUUCAAGUAACCCUUUGUCCGAACCGAAUUUGCAUGCUCUGGAAAACCCUGCAGCCCCUGGUCUUCCAGGGGUCGGUGGCGCAGACGUCUCGUUGAAUCUGGUCAGCGUAUGGGACGACAAUAUUGGGAGAUUUCUCAUCAAUGGCUAUAGCUAUACUUCGCCGACCAUUCCCGUUUUAUUGCAAAUUUUAACUGGACAAUUGGAUAACUCUCAGUUGCAGCCCUACGGGUCUGUUUACACCUUGCCACCUAACAAGACAAUCGAAAUGUCUAUACCAGGCGGACAACCCGAGGGAUAUCAUCCUUUCCACUUGCAUGGUCACACCUUCUCCGUUGUAAGAAGCGCUGGAAGCGAUACAUACAACUACGACAAUCCCGUGCGGCGAGAUACGACAAGUAACGGUGUUGCAGGUGAUAAUGUGACAAUCCGCUUUAGAACCGAUAAUUCCGGGCCAUGGUUAUUCCACUGCCACAUUGACUGGCACCUCGACCUGGGUAUGGCCGUGGUAUUCGCAGAAGACACCGAUGAUACUUCUUUGAGGAUAAAAAGUGCAUGGAAGCAGCUGUGUCCGAACUAUGAUGACUUAUCAUCAACAAUCCGGAACGAGUCGUGA